AAGUAAUAAAUAUAUUGAUUGAUUAUUCCACUAUCCACUUAUCUCAAAAACAAGAAAUUAUUCUCAUAUUUUAUGUCAAACGUCACCGGAACCGGAAACCCUAAAUUCGAACAUUCAAAUUUUGCAUGUCAUAUCUAGGAGCGUCUCUUCAUAAAACGCAAAAAUGACUGCAAAAGUGAUUCGAAAACCCACAUUUCGCAAAGAUGAAUCAGAAGACGACAAAGAGCUUCAAGUGGAACUCAAAGUGCUUGUGGAGCGCAUAACUGGAGAGGACCCCAAACUCAUCCCUUCGUCGAUCGAGAUGUUGAAAUAUCUCAUUCGUACAGCCACCACUUCCAUGACUUCAGUUCCCAAACCUCUGAAAUAUCUGGGGCCUUUUUAUGGUCACUUGCGUGAGAAAUGCGACGCUAUGGGCGAAGGCACUAUUAAGAAAAACCUGUCGGAUGUGGUCUCGGUGCUUUCAAUGGGGGCUAUCGAGACUGAAGUAAAAAAAGGAUAUGAUUGUUUGAAGUAUUGUUUGCAAGGGACCAUGCAGAAUAUAGGGGAUUGGGGGCACGAAUAUAUCCGACAGCUGGAGACUGAAAUCGUGAAACAGUGGGUAAUGUGUGACAACAAUUUUAAAACCCUGCACCCUCUGGUUAAAGAAAUAAUGACUUUUAAUUGUUCGCAUCAUGAUGAAAUCCAAGGAUGCGAUCUCCUCAUGGAGAUUAAUCAAAUGUAUAUGCUUUUUGAUUACGUGACGAAGGACAAUUAUAAGCCCAUUUGCUUAUAUUUGGCUGCUUGCGCCAAGUACGUAGAUGAACUAGAGAGCAAGAAAAUUCUUAAGUUGAUUUCUCAGUUUUAUAUGAUGUUUGGAGAGUAUUGUCGCUCGAUAAUUGUGGCCAUUCAGAUCAAUGACGCAAAAUUGGUCGACAAGUUGUUUAAUACGUGCAAGGAUAAGGUUAUUUUGUAUCAAAUGGCGUUUAUUUGUGCGAGACAUCUUUACCCGUUUGAGCUCAGUGUUGAGGACGAUGAUAUUAAGAGCAUCUUGGAGAACAGUCAUUUGAGUCACCAUUUUUUGACGUUUGCCAGAGAGCUCGACAUAAUGGAGCCGAAAGCCCCGGACGAAGUCUACAAGACUUGGCUCGAGCCCACCAACCUCCGUCAGAGCGUCCUCGGGGAGAAGCUAGACAGUGCCCGUCAGAAUCUCGCCUCCUCCUUCGUCAACGGCUUCGUGAACGCCGGCUUCGGCACCGACAAGCUCCUCACCACCGAAGACGGCAAUAAGUGGAUCUACCGCAACAAAGACAUAGGCAUGCUGAGCGCCACCGCUGCCCUCGGCCUCCUCUACCUGUGGGACGUGGACGGCGGACUCACCCCCAUCGACAAGUACCUCUACACCACCGACGAGAACAUCAAAGCCGGCGCCCUCCUGGCUCUCGGAAUUGUCAACUGUCGCAUCCGCAACGACUGCGACCCCGCGCUGGCCCUCCUGGGUGACUACGUGGAGAGCUCCAGCGAGGAGCUGCAACUGGGCGCCGUGUUCGGCAUAGGGCUAGCGUACGCAGGCAGUGGGCGGAGCGACGUGCUCUCGCUCCUCCUCCCGGUGAUUCAGGAGUCGAAGCUGGUGAAGACGCUGGGCGUGGCCAGUCUGGCGUGCGGGUUGGUGGCGCUGGGGAGGAACAACAGCGAGGUGUCGGACGUGGUGCUGUCGAAGAUGAUCGAGAGUAACGGGUUGGAGGUGCUGAAGAGCCCGUUCAUGAUGCUGGCGGGGUUCGGAGUGGCGCUAGCGUACUUCGGGUGUAAGGAUGAUAUUGAGGUUCCGACGACGGUGGCGGAGGUGUUCGAGGAGCCGUUCAAGACCAUGUUCCAGACGAUGUUGCAGAUGUGCGCGUACGCGGGGAGCGGCGACGUGCUGAUCAUCCAGGAGCUGUUAAGGCUGGUGGAGGAGAAGGUGGAGCCUCCGGAGGAAAGGACGGAAAAGGAGGAGGCGGCGAAAGGGAAGGAGAAGAAGAAGUACGAGUGGGACUACUACAUGGGGAAAGCGAUUGCGGUGUUGGCGGUGGCGGCAAUUUCGAAAGGGGAGGACAUAGGCACUGAGAUGAUCCAGAGGAUCUUCGGCCAGAUUUCCCGCUACGGGGAGCCCUCGGUACGCAAAGCGGUACCUCUAGCGAUCGCUCUAACCUCAAUCAGCGAUCCUCAACCCAACGUGAUUAACGUCUUGACCAAGUACUCGCACGACGUGGAUGACGAUGUGGCCUGCAAUGCCAUCUUCGGUCUAGGUUAUAUAGGAGCUGGUACUAAUAACGCUCGACUGGCGGUGACUUUGCGCCAGCUUGCGCUCUACCAUGCCAAGAACCCUUUUCAGCUCUUCAUGGUACGCAUCUCCCAGGGCUUGGUUCACAUGGGUAAAGGUACCAUGACUCUGAACCCUUUACACACGGAUCGGCAGCUUGUGGACCCUGUGGCAAUGGCAGGUAUUUUGAUACCUUUGGUGGCUUUACUUAAGCCGCAUUCGCUCAUCUUGGGUCGGAGCCACUACCUCCUUUACAGUCUAGCAGCGGCUAUGCAACCACGAUGGUUGCUUACCCUAGACGAAAACCUGAAUUCUACCUCGGUGACAGUCCGUGUUGGUCAAGCCGUAGACACGGUGGGAAAGGCCGGAGACCCCAAGACCAUCGCAGGGAUCCACACUCACACCACGCCUGUUCUUCUCUGUGCCAACGAAAGAGCAGAACUGGCGAACGGAGAGUACGAAGUGGUAGCCCCUGCACUUGAUGGAAUUUGCGUUUUAAAAAAAAUUCCUUGCUAAAUAAUGUAUUUCAAUAAAAGUAUUAACAAGAUAAA